UUUUGUCUAGUUCCAAUGGUGCGAAUGUUGGAAGCAUGGAAGCAAAGCAAAGGCCUAGAACGGCGGCAACCCAUCCCCUUUAUCAUCAAAUCCCCACAUCGUCCCCACAAAUAAUUCACCAACUUGACACACAGAGAGAGAGAGGUGCAGAGUAAAUUGGUAUAUGAGAUUUACAGGGUCAUAGCUAAUAAAUUGGUCUCCUUGAAAGGAAAAUCUAUAAGCAUCACAGAGUUUUCGGGGUAAGGUGUUUGUUAGAUAUUUGGGAAAGAGAGCUUCCCAGAAAGGAAAAAGUGGUUUGCUUUGCUUCAUUAUUAUGAGCAUGGAUUAUCAUAGCGUCUCAGACAAGGCAGCAGCAGCCAAAGAAGACCUUGUGAGUAGGAGAGGAGGUCAUAACACUAGUGUUGAUGAAACCAAGCUGAUGAUGAUGACGAAUAUGGUCCAUCAUCAUGAUAAUCACCAUCGUUCAUUAACCCCAUCAUGUAUGAAUACUACCGGUGAUGGUGAUGGUCCCAUAUAUAACAGCAGUGAUAUAUACGAUGUUGUUGUUCCUGUUGAUGCUGGUGGUUCUGGUGCUGCUGCUAGUGGUGGUGCUGUUGGUGUAAGAACUUUAUCCUCUGGAAACAUGGCAGCAGCUUUGGGGUAUCCUUUUACAAAUGCGCAGUUGAAUGAGCUAGAGAGACAAGCAAUGGUAUACAAAUACAUUGUGGCCUCUGUUCCUGUGCCUCCUCCCUCUGUUCCUGUGCCUCCUCAACUUCUCUUUCCCAGAACUUACUCAGACCCAUCUGCACCCAACUCUUCCUGUGGAGGCCUCAAUCUGAGGUUGUCGAAUGGGGCAGAUCUUGAGCCAGGACGGUGCAGGAGAACAGAUGGGAAGAAAUGGAGGUGCUCAAGAGAUGUGGCGCCUGACCACAAGUACUGUGAGCGUCACAUGCACAGAGGUCGUCCCCGUUCAAGAAAGCAUGUGGAACUUCAAGCCAACAAGAAGACUCGUUAUGGUUAUAAUCCUUCUGUCAACAACAUCAAUACUGGUAGUAGCUCUGCAUCUCAGUUCGUUGGAGCUGUUUCGGAAGCAUUUCCACAAACACCUUGGUGUACUGAUAAAACCAGUGCUAAAGCCCCUAACUUUAACGAUUCCAGGAGCUUGGAUUGGAUGAUCAUGAGAGACUUGACAAGUAAUCAACAAUGGCUUCAUAAUACCAAUAUAGAAGCAGACACAAGCAUCUCUCUUCUCAACCAAGCGCCUCUGGAUCUGAAUAUAUAUACAGAUUUCAGUGCGAGUGAAGAUCAUCAUCAACAGAGCAAUCAUCAUCAUCACCAUUUGUUUCCUGGUGUGGAUUCUUCUCUGGAGAGAGGACUCACAGAAAGCCCAAGGGACUUCAUCGAUGCCUGGUCUGAGGGACCCAGUAAGAAGAACUCCAUUUCCUCAAAUGGGAACUUCUCACUUUCCUCUUCACUGACGCUAUCAAUGGCCGCUCACAGCUCCAUCAAUGACGAGAUGGGCCAGAUCCGCAUGGGUCUAGGCCUUAUAGAAUCGGACCAGAGCCAACCCACUUCAUGGGUGGUCUCCACGCCUGGUGGGCCACUAGCAGAGGUACUAAGACCUAGCAUCAUGGCCGGAAAUGGAGAUUCCGAUAGCCCUCAGGCUACCUCUGUGUCCUCCCCAUCUGGGGUUAUUCAGAGAACAAUUGCUUCAUUGUCCGACAGCAGUGGGAGUAGCAGCCCAACAACAUUUGCGAGUUCAUCCAGGGACAACAACUGAGAUUGCAUUGAUGUGAAUGGAUCAAGAGACAUUGGCAGCUUCUGGUUGUGCUCUUAAGAGUGAUUCGUUUGAUUCUUAUGUGUUUUUCUUGUGUUUAUAAGCGAUGCAUAGAUAUAGCUUCAUGAAUCUUUGUGGGUGUGUGUGUUUUGAUUUUUCAUGUCAUUUUCUUUUUCUGAGAGGAGAAGAGACCUUUUUUCCCAUUCCAAGGAAUCCCUUCUUGUUGGAAGUUAUUUUGAAUUAAAAAUCUCUAUGCGAAUUUUGA